CUAGGAAUAUUUACCCCUCCUGUACAGGGUAAAGGUACCCAGGAUUGGUUGGGAGAACUAGAUCUGGCAAGGGUGAAAAAGAGCGGACCCUUCUUGGAUAAUCUCAAGAUAUAUCUGAGUGGAUUUGUGGAAACGGAUCAGGUACUGUUGACCCGUGUUCUAAAGUAUGCUGGAGCUACUCGUCUAGCCCAGCUAGUGGACAGUGUCACUCACGUUGUUCAUGCCGUAGCCAGAAAUGUUGAACCUGAAACCUCAAGACUCAUCAAGGAUUUAGGUUUAUGUCCGUAUUCUGUAUCCCUGGAAUGGAUUGUUGAAAGCAUGAAACGUGGACAGAAGGUUUCAGAGAGUAGUUACCCCUUCCCUCCUACAGAGAUUAAGGAUGGAAAUGCAGCUGAGAAAACAUUUAGAUCCCCGCAGCAGAUACCGAUGGGUUCUGUAGGAAUUGAUAAAGCGGAAGAUAAUAUUCUAGAUCAGUACAAACCAAACCAAACAGAAGAUGACAGGACGAUGACCCAAGACAUGUCCUCAAAGAUUGAUCCUUUCUUUUCAAACUUAAAGUUUGCACUGGUUGGACUUUCAGCGGAGAUCGAACAGGAUUUAACCGAAUGGAUUCAUGAGGUCGGAGGGGAAAUAGUUUUCUCAGAUUAUACCGGAACUGUGGACUUCCUUAUCUCUACAAUCUCAGGCUGUUCCACCAGAUUUAAAUAUAAAGAGCAUCUCAACUAUUUGUGGGUUGAAGAUUCCCUAGAUAUUGGCAGAAUGUUGGCACGAGAAUAUUACCAUCUACCCCUCAGCAAGAAGAUAAAAGACUCUCCACUUAGUGGGAUCAUCACUUGUGUCUCAGGAUAUACCGGGAGAGAAAGAGUUUAUAUCAACACAAUUAUUGAACUUCUAGGUGGUAACCCCCAGGAAAUGUUUGCGAAAAAAGAUAAUAAAGAAAAGAAUGUAAAAGCCUCAACUCAUUUACUUUGUCCUCUGGCAGAAGGUCAAAAAUAUUUGGCAGCACUCAAAUGGGGACUUCCAGUCAUCACUAAGGACUGGUUAAUGGCCUGCCUCAAGGAAUCUAAAUUUAUCAGUGAACAACCCUUUCUUGUUGGUGAUUCCUCCGCCGUUACCGAGGGUAAACCGCUGCCUUCUGAAGAUAUUCAAGAUGACACUCUUCAACACCCUCAGAAUGAUGCUGAUGAAGCCCAGGACGAUACUGUACAUGAAGCCCAGGACGAUACUGUACAGGAAGCCCACUGUGAUUCUGUACAUGAAGCCGAGAAUGAUACUGUACAUGACGCCGAGGAGGAUGAUACAGUACAUGAAGAUGCCGUACUCCAGCAGGACUUAGACCUAAACCAAUCUGGCGCUUUAUCAGGAACUAGAAGGAGAACCAGUCAGCUCAGAAAGUCCGGAGGAAGAAGAGACUCUUUGGACAAUUCAGAGAUUAUUAUCAAAGAAAGAGGAGGGAGUAGAAUGGAGUUGGACGAAGGUACUCCAGUAUCCAGUAGAACCAAGGAUAUCAGGAAACCUGAACAUAUUGCUUUUGACAGAUUAAAGAUAUCCACUACUCCUGGAGUCAAAACUAGUAGUCCUACUACACCAGGUGUAGGUAGAGUACGGGGAGCUCCUAUGGAUUAUUCUCCUCUUCCUUCUCAGCCCUGGCCAGAUACUCAAGCUCCGAUCACGCCUGCUUCAGGGACGAAGAGGAAGAGAGGUGACGGAUACGGAUACUUGAAUAUGCCAACCCCUGACACUCCGUAUGGACAGCAUAUGGGAGCAGAUCCAUCUCCAACAACUAGGAAAUAUUUCAAAAAGAGGAGUGAGGAUCUGAAGAGGUUUGCUGAAAAUUACCAAACCUUACAUAAGGAGGAAAUAGAACGGGAACGGGAAGCUCUGGAAAAAUAUUCUGAGGAUAUAAAAACUAAACCUAAACCUCAGCCUAGACCAAAUUUUAUGAAAGUUCUUGAGGAAAAAUAUGCAAAGUUAGAGAAAAAACAGGAGGGUCUGCAGGAAGCUGAAAUAGAUGACGCGGAAAGAGAAAGUGUGGCUAAAAAGCCGAGAUCUGGCGGAGAUGAGGGAGAAGAAACUUCCGAUCAGGAAAUGACUGAUGAUAGCGCUGACAAGAUUCUUGCUGGGGUCACAGUUUAUAUUGCCAAGAAGCAUGCGCAGAUGAGCCAAGAAAUAGAGGAGAUGGUAGGAGAGAUGGGAGGGUCUGUAUCCAGUUCUUUAGAUUCAAGCGUCACUCAUCUUAUAUUUCUGGGUAAAACCAAUGAUCUGACGAAGGAGUUUAGACAGGCAAGAGAAGGAGGAAAAUGUAUUGUUUCUCCAGUUUGGGUACAUAUUUGCAGAGAUGAAGGGAGAAGAGUGGACGAAUCAGCUUUCCCCCACACUUACAAUCCUAGAACAAGUCUAUCCUUUGUAGAACCACAGCGAGGGAACCGGUUGAAACAGAAAGAAAAACUUGCCAAGCCUGUAUUUCAGGAUGAUGAGAAUUCGAAUAGUAUGGAUGAAGGAAUGAAUAAAACUGAACCAGAAAGAAGCAAACUUAUCCAGGAAACUCCAGUAGACUCAUAUAAGAAGAGUUUAAAGUCCCUUGAAUCCCUUGUUGAAGAAAUGAAGAACUCUCCUUCUGUCUCUAUCGCAUCUAGUUCAAAACUAAAACCGAUGCAGUUGGACAUGUCUGAGGAUAAAACGAGGAUUACUACUCCUCGAACUAAGGAGUCUAAAGAGGUUGAGAGCCAGGUUCUCUGGGUUGACCCUGAAGAGGAAAGGAAUAGGAAGGAGUUGGCUCAUAAACUUAGUCUGGAGACCCAGGAGAUUUCUGGAUUCUCCGAGAAUAUUAUAAUUAUUAAUAUUAGUCUGGAGACCCAGGAGAUAUCUGGAUUCUCUGAGAAUAUGACCGCAGAAAUGGAUUCAGGGAUUCACAAGGUCUUCUCAUUCUCAGGAGUAGAGGAGCACCAGAUUUGUUCUGCAGUUAAAAAGCUUGGAGGGGAGGUUAGUAAGAAGGGAAUGUAUGACUCCUCAGCUACACAUAUGAUUGCGGGAAAGGUGAACCGAAGUGAAAAGAGUCUUGGUUGCAUAGCUGCAGGUUCAUGGAUUCUUCAUCCGUCCUAUAUCAAGGAUAGUCUAGCUGCAGGUUUCUGGUUACAGGAGGAGGCCUAUGAGUGGGGAAAUCCAAGCUCCGACUUCUUAGAUCUAACGAGCGCAAGUAUUGAGUCUAGAAUGAGUGUUGCUGCCCGUAGAUGGAGGAUGGCUCGUGAACGCGGUGAAGGAAAGGUCUUCAGCGGAAUGAAAGCGUACAUUGCUAUACCUAGUCAGAAGCAAGGAUCUUUUGCUAGGUUAAUUGAAGCAGGAGGCGGAAAGAUUAUUGAUUUGUUAAGUGAGACCACAAUGAUGGAAAUAUCUCAUGUUUUCACAGAACCAAAAUACUUCCCAACCAUACAGAAAAUGUUGCCUUGUAUAAGUGAGUUCUGUAUCCCUGUUCUUCAACCUGUUUAUCUCAGCGAGUAUCUUUCUAACGAGAAACAUCCAGUUGUAGAGAACUAUAUGUUGGAAGAGUACAAGCCCUGCUGGGAGAAGAAUAAAAGGAGCAGAGUGACUACGGAUACUCCAACCAGUCUUCCUAAAAAGAGCAGACUGUAGACGACAAUCAUUCAGAAAUGAUUAUAUUUAACAUUAUAGUUAAAACUUUCACCCAACCUUCAAUUGUUUCAUUUUAUCUCUCAAUAUUUGAAGCUUUAAAACUUAAGAUGAAUUGAAUCACCGAUUCCUGAUUUAUAACUACUAUUAUUGUUUUUUUAUUUUAUUUUAAAACUAUCAACCGACUUUUAUACAGCCUAUUUUUGAAUUAGACCAAGUUUAUCUUUUUUGACAUUUUUUUGGGUCACGGAAUCCCACAAACAAAAAAGCUGUGGAGACAAUUUUCUGGGACGAAACAAAAUUAUUUCUUUUUUUUUCUAAUCUAUGGCAAUAUAUUAAGCAUCAUUUUGAAAUUAUUAAUAUGACUAUCAUAAAUAUCUGUAUUCGCGUGAUAAAAUACAUUCCGAAAAUAAAUACAUAUUUGAAAACAAAA